AUGUUAGUAACAUGUAUUUCGGAAGACAGGAGCAGUUUGAAUAUCCAUUUUGACCAACACAAGGCUAUGGAAGAAGUUUGUGUUGCGUGUAAAAAUGUUCAGGCAACUGUACGAUUCCUGUCUUAUGAAGAAGUAUCUCAUGGACUUACUGAAACUCUCGACUUCGUGUACAACUCAGACGUCUUAAUUGUGGAUAUGAGUGAUAAGACUCAACAGGGAACACUGAACUAUCAACUAGGUGUUCGAGAAAGCCUGAGAUUAUUUGACAACAUAGUCAUCGUUAAUUUAUCAAGCUACAUAUCAGUUGACGAUCUUCGCGGUUUCUUAAGUCGUAAAACAAAACUCCUUCCAUAUGUCAUUAAUGAAAGCGGAUUCGCUGUCUUGUUGGAAGAUAUGUGCCUUCAGAACGCACUGAUUGAUAACGAAAUUCUUAAAAAUCAAAUAUGUGCUGAUUUGAGACGACUUUCAGUUGAACUUGAGGAAAUUUUGUCGGAAAUGAGCAGUGGAAACCGCGCUCCACUGAAAGAGAAGUUUAUUGAUGAUCUCAGGAGGGAUCGCGAUCUGUACAAAGGCCAAGAACUUCGAGAGCGUCUUAGAAUAAUGCGUCGUAGACUGGAUUAUCCAGGAAUGUUGUCUUCAGAAGUUAUUCUUAAUCUUUUGCUGUCUUAUCGACAAUGCGAGGAUUUCGAUGCUAUGGUUACGUUAAUAGAGGAAAUAAAAGCUUUGAAGUUAAACCAAGAUAUCUUAAAUGUUUGCAUGAUCCAGUAUCUUUACGCGUUCGCCUUGCACCGACGAAAUAGAAAUGGAGAUAGAGAUGCUGCAUUGGCUGUAACUGAGGAGCUCCUUAGAACAUGUAGUACACCUUCCGCGGAUAUGCAUGGUCUCUUUGGUCGCAUACAAAAAGAUCGCUUUAUGGAUUCUGGUGGAGAAGAUAAAGAAGCCUUAGAACUGGCUAUUCAUGGAUAUCGUGAAGGAUUAAAAAUUGAUGCUAAUGAAUACCUCCUUGUGAAUGUUGCAACCCUUUUAGUUAUAAAAGGAAUGGAUUUGGAAACAAGCGCCGAAAUGCGUAAAAUAUGUAAUACAUUGAAUUUGCGUGUUGGUCAAAAAGGGAAUAUUUCUACAAUCAAUGAUUAUUGGGAUGUAGCCACAUUGUUUGAAGUACGUGUUAUAAGUCAAGAUUAUGCUGGUGCUGUCCAGGCUGUGGAGAGGAUGUAUCUUUUAGACCCACCUGACUGGGAGCUGGAAUCGACUCUAGGUAACAUAAAAAUGAUCUGCAAAUUUCGUAAACCUCCUGAAGAGAAUAAAGUUUCAAAGGCACAUAAGCUUUUCGACUUUUGGAUGGAAUUUCUAUCCACAGUGUGUGAUACAGAUGAAAGUAACCAAAUGUUGGCUAUAUCAAGCGAUACAGAAAGAGAUUCCUUUACACUGCCAUAUGAUAUUCAUCCGAAACGAAUAGUAUAUCCCGUACUUGUAACCGAACAGAAUUGUACUGUUAUGAAACCGGCAAAUAUUCAAGUAAAUAUAAAUGCUGUACCAAGAAAUCUUCGUAUAAUUUUCUACGACCUAGACUAUACGAUAUCUUCAACUAUACAGUCGGUUGAUUUAGGCAACUGUGGUACUAUGCGUCAACACUUUCCACGUUUCAAUGAGCACAAUCAAGAUGAGGAUUUAAUUUUAAACACAGAAGAUAUCAUAGGAAUAAACAUGACAGAAAACAACAGUCGUAGUGUUUACCUAUACACGUCGUGUUCAUUGCCGAACUAUCGUAUAUCAUUCUCCUGUGAAAAAGUAAAAAUGCAAUUCUAUGCGGUUUUGCGUGAAUGCUUAUUCUCAGAAGAGGAAAAUUCUGGUUUCUUAUUAGACGAAAGAUCUAAUGAAACGUUUAAGUGGACAUAUGAUUUGAACGAUCAAAAUAAACGAGAAAUAUUAGGUCGAGGCAGUUUCGGUGUUGUAUAUACUGGUUGGGACCUUACAAAACAAAUUAAAAUUGCCAUUAAAGAAAUUGACGCAGCUAAUAUAAGAGAAUUUCAACCAUUGCACGACGAAAUUCGGUUGCAUUCAAAACUUCAUCAUAAAAAUAUUGUUCAGUAUCUUGGAUCAGUCGACCAUGAUGGUGUAUUUAUGAUAUUUAUGGAGUUAGUCCCCGGAGCUUCACUAACUUCUCUUGUAUCGAAAUAUGGAGCUUUGAAAGAAGAAACAGUUGCAAAUUAUUCUAAACAAAUUUUGGAAGGCCUUCAGUAUUUACAUGCUAACAGAAUUAUUCAUCGGGAUAUCAAAGGAGAUAAUAUUCUGGUCAAUAUGUACAAAGGUGAAUUGAAAAUAACAGAUUUUGGGGCAUCAAAACGAUUAGCUGGUCUGGUACCACGAGCACAAACUUUCAAAGGUACAAUGCGCUACAUGGCACCAGAACUCAUACGAGGUUCAUGCGGAUUUCCUGCAGAUAUAUGGAGUUUCGGAUGUACAGUAGUAGAAAUGUUAACCGGAAAACAGCCAUUCAGUGAGCUUGGAAAUGCAAUGACCGCACUAUACCGUGUUGGCAUGGAUCUACAACAUCCUAAAAUUCCAGAUGGAGUUUCAUCGGCAUGCAAUAACUUCAUUCUGAGAACAUUCAUUAUAGAACCGUCUAGUCGGGCUGAUGCUAAUGGACUUUUAUCGGACCCAUUUAUUGAAGGGUAUAGGAAAGUAAGACGGCGUAAACCUAUGAAGUUAGCACAGUCUCCUGAUAGUUACCGGCCAUCAACUGGAUUUAACCAACGUGAAGGUUUACCAUCUGAAUCAUAUCUACGAUCACUUUCGAAUACAUCGAAUCGCUCUUAUUCACCGAAUUCUCAAUCCGAAAAAUAUUUAUUGACAGAGGGUAAAAAGAAUGCUGAAGAUGUUGCCUUGUCAAACAGAACAAAUCACCUGGAGAAUCCAGAGGCAAAAGUGGAAAAGGUAAUCAUACCACCUGUGAACGCAACACAAGUUCAAACAAACAAGUCAUCUGUAACUAGUUCUUCUAUAGGACAUUCAGAAGAUCCCUUCAAUUUUAUUAAACAGGAUUCUGAAGCCAAACGGCGUUUAUCAAAUGCAUUAAUCUCAGAAAAGAAUUCAAUACUUGAUGCAUGGAUCGAUAUAGUUUCUAGAUGUGCGCCGCCAGAUGCUUCAGUUAAAAUCAAAGAAAUUAUUACAGAUGUAAAUAAGCAAGGAAACAAUUCCAGAGUUAUUUCUGAUUCUAAUAAUAAAAAUGAAAAGCAACUGUUAGAGUGUAUUUUGGACAUGAUUAUCGACAGUUUGAAAGGCGGAAUAUGCUGGUCACAGCUUACCAAUUAUCUGAAAACUCCAGCGAAUAAAUGUACACCUGAAGGCUUAGCUGAAACUUCGAAUGACACAAAUGACAAAAAUCAAAUAAUAAAAUCACCAAGUUUUAAACGUCAUUCUGUGACAGGAGAAGAUCUAGGAGGAAGAUUUUUAAAACUUUUGCAUGCAUCAAAAAUUUCCGAACAAAACAAUGCAUGUCUUCCGGUAGGUACACCACUGGUUUGCAAUUAUCUACGAGUAGCAUUGGCGGCACUCCCAAGUGUUAUUGCCGCACCUCUUCUACGUCAGGUAAACCGUCCACAUGAAGUAUUAGCAUGGGAUAAAUUGGUCAAAGAUAGCAUCACCUCUGCAACUAAUCAGAUCAACAAUGUAGCCCCAAUGAAUUCAGUUCAUUUACGUCGUCACCAAACAUUCUCAACUCAUCAUAAUCGCAGACUAGUAAAACAAAUCACUACAGAAGCUGAACUUGGUUCAUCAACAUUUGUUCGUUCUACAAAUCCCUCAAGUCGACCUUUUACAAUGGAUCCAACAUCUUCUAGUCUAUACUAUGCUCAAAAUGACUCAAUUUUAGAUGAAGUAAAGAAAAGUACAAAAGGUUUAUCUUUAUCCCAAAAGUCAUUGACAUUUUCUAAUGAAGUAAUCUUUGAAGAACCUGAAGAAGUUAAUCAUUCUAACAGAAGAAUUGUAAGCACACAGUCAAAUCCUCUCUCCUUUAAUGGUAAAUCUAGAACAAGUAAAACACUAGAUGAUGGCUUCACUUACGAGACAUCCGCUGGUGGACUAAUAGAGAAUUUUCAAAUGUACAAAGGCUUGGAGCAUAAAUUUUGGAAAACUGGAUUUAGUACACUGGAUGAAUGGUUUGCUAAUCUGCGUAUACCUGAAGAAGAUCAGACUAAACUUCGCCGUAACAAUAUCGUUGAUGAAGAGGAUUUUCUGGAUGUUGUUACUAAAGAAGACUUAUGGAAAAUGGGCUUGAGUGGUGGAACAGUUUUUCGACUGUGGAGGAAUAUACUGAAAAUACGUGCAUUGGAAUAG